UACUCGGAGGGGCGGGGGGCAGAGGGGGUGAGACAACUAGACAGGAAGACAGCACCAGAUCGAUGAGACUAACACAAGGAGCCACCACCGAACGUCGGGGCAAGAGAAUCUGUCUAGCUGGGGCUUCCUUGCUCGCGUUUGAGCCUGAUUGCGCGCGCACCCCAGCCCAAGAAGAUGCCCAAACCAUCACCAUGCGUAUUCCCCUGGUCCUUGCUGUGGUUGGCAUCUUUGGCUUCUUUGGUAGUGCAGUCGGUGCUGUCUUCCUCCUACUCCUCUUCCUCCUCUACAUACCAGAGGUCUGCAGCCGGUGGGAAGCGACCAGGCUUCAUGGAGAGAACCCUGGUUCUGCUGGACGUCAACACGCGCAGUCCGAUCAGAGUCCUCAACGACAACUUCCUUUCUUUGCAGCUGGACCCCUCGAUCAUCAAAGACGGCUGGCUGGACUUUCUAAGCUCCAAGCGUCUCGUGACCCUGGCGCGCGGCCUGGCGCCUGCCUUUCUGCGUUUUGGCGGAAAGAGGACCGACUUCCUGCAGUUUAACAACCAGAAGAACCUCGCCAAGUUUAGAGGGCCGGGACCCGACUACUACCUGAAAAACUACGAAGAUGACAUCGUCCGCAGUGACAUUGCGCUGGACAAACAGAACGGCUGCAAAGUGGCCAGUCACCCGGACAUAAUGCUGGAGCUGCAGCGGGAGAAAGCGGCCAGCACGCAGCUCGUGCUCCUGAAGGAGCAACUGUCCAACAUCUACAGCAACAUUACGAUAACAGCCAGGUCUUUAGACAAAUUGUACAACUUUGUGGACUGCGCCGGGCUGCACCUCAUCUUUGGGCUCAACGCGCUGCACCGAAACCCAGACAACUCGUGGAACACCUCCUCCACCCUGAGCCUCCUGAAGUACGGCGCCGGCAAGAAGUACAACAUCUCCUGGGAGCUGGGCAACGAGCCCAACGCCUACCGCUCCAUGGUGGGCCGUGCCGUCAACAGCACGCAGUUUUCUCAGGACUACGCCAAGCUGCGGACCCUGCUGCAGUCCGUGCGCUACUACCAGCGAGCGCACCUCUACGGGCCCAACGCGGGACGCCCCCGGAAGAAUGCCGUCCUGCUGCUAGAUGGGUUCAUGAAGAACGCUGCUUCUGCUGUGGAUGCAGUUACGUGGCAACAUUAUUUCAUGGACGGCAGAGUGAACAAAGCCGAGGACUUCCUGAAAACGCGUCUGCUGGACACACUGACAGAGCAGAUCACUAAAGUCAUCAAGGUUGUGAACAAGCACAGUCCUGGUAAAAAGGUGUGGCUGGGUGGACUAGGGCCAGCGUGGGCAGGAGGCAUCAAUAACCUCUCUGAUACAUUCGCUGCCAGCUUUCUGUGGGUGAACACUCUGGGUACAGCUGCUGUGCAGGGGAUAGAUGUUGUCUUGCGUCACUCAUUCUUCGACUAUGGAUACACACACCUUGUGGACCAGAACUUUAACCCUUUACCGGAUUACUGGUUCUCUCUGGUCUUCAAGCGUCUGGUUGGCCCCAGAGUCUUAGCGGUGAGGGUGGCAGGACUGCAGAGGAAGCCGCAGCCAGGACGAGUCAUACGAGAUAAGCUGCGCAUUUACGCCCAUUGUACCAGCUACUACAAUCAUAACUAUGUCAGAGGGGCCAUAACAAUCUACAUUAUCAAUCUGCAUCGGUCAAGAAAAAAAAUUAAGCUGGCCGGGACGUUACGGGACAAGACCGUUCAUCAAUAUCUGCUCCAACCUUACGGCACUGACGGACUAAGAGCCAGACAUGUCCAGCUGAAUGGGGAGAGGCUGAUCAUGGUGGACAAUGAGACAUUUCCAGUGCUGAAGCCCAAGACGCUGAGGGCAGGACGGACAAUAGCCAUGCCUCCCAUGACUAUUGGAUUUUAUGUCAUCAAAAACAUCAACGCAAGUGCCUGUCGAAGAUAACGCUGACCUUUCACUUGAACUCCUGCAUUUCAGUUGUCUUGGUUAACAGGUUUCUUCAAUCAUUAUUUUGCUGGUUACAUUAGAACAAGUGUAGCUAAUUACAGGUAAACAGUUGGACAAACUGGCCCAAGGGCUGCACUGAACACUUUUUCCACCAGCCAUCCCUCAUGCUAUACGACCUGUGUGGAUAGUGAUUGUUCUGUGCCUGUUUUCACGUUCUUUGACUUGAUUAAGCUAUUUUUUUCCCUCUCAGAAUUAGAAUUUAUUUCUGUGUCUACCAAGAGUCAGUCUGUUUAUGGUCUUUCACCGACCGACGGACAGUGAGGGAAAACUCAGAGGUAAAAAUAAGUCUGUGAAGGUUUUCAGUCCUCCAGGUGAGGUUGUCUGGAGGUUGAGUCCAUCUUCUUAUGGCUCAGCGUCCAUACACGCAUACGCCGUCGGCUUCAGUGCGACUGGAGUAUGCCGUGGACCUAGUGUGUGUGUCUGUGUGUGUGUGUGCGUUUUAUUGGUUAAGCUACUGAGUCUGUUUCUGUUCUGUGUUUGUAUAUUUGUGUACUGUUGCUCAUUUGUUGCAGGUUUCAGUUAAAGGCAGUGACUAUGACAACUACAAUGAAUCACCGCUGCAGAACAAUGUGAACCCUCUCGUUGCAUCAGUUCUUACUCCACCUGCAUCCACACAAAACUCGGGUUUUAAGUUUUAAAAACCCAGUUUUUCAGGUACAUUUAACCUUUAAUCUCACUAUAUUUACAGUGUGUUUUCUUGUUUUAUAAUCUUCGUUUGCUGCUAGAAUGUUUUAAAUAUGCAUUUUAUAUUUACAUAUUUUUGUACAGAUUUACAGUCAUAAGAAAAUGUACAUAAAUUGAUAAGCUUACAUACAGUACAUGCCUAAUUUAUAUGAGUAAAUACUUGUUUAUUUUGUCUUUAUAUAAAACAAUGUGUGUUAGAUGUGCUGACUAACUAGUACUAUGGAAAAAUAAAGAAUGCAAUGUAAUAAAAAAUCAUGGGAAGACCAAGUGGCUGAACUAGGAUGGAGAUGUCAUAAUACAAACUAUUUUAUUACCCUUUAAUUUAGUAAUAUUUUGAUUGUUUAAAUAAAAGCAGUGAUCAGCAUAAAUGAGGGCAGUAAUAACAUUUCUACACUAUCAUGGAAGAUGCGGAGAACAUGACAAAUAUAAAUCAUUUUUGGUGUCUGAAUGUGUUUGUAGAGAUGUUCAUAUUUCUUUUGGAGAGCGUUAUUUUAAUAUGUAAAGUGUGUCUAAAUAAUAUUUUUUGUAAAAAAAAAAAGUUUACAUUGACAAUAAACUCCUACAAAUAUUUAAAACGUCUUAUUUUGUGUA